ACUUCCCACUGAACCUGAACAAGGUGACGAUAUCUUGCUUGGCCGAAACGACAUCUGGUCGGAGGGGCAAUAAAUUAAUCAAAACGCAAUCUUUGUAUACAAGAACAGCAGAAUUGUAAUGUCGAUUAUCGGUGUCUAUCGUUCGGUUCCGAGUCCUCAGUCUGACUUGUACCGACAUCAUCCCCUGGCUCCGUCCUCAGAUUCUAUUGCGCGAAACUUCAGUCAGGGGCAAGUUCAAGAAAGCAAAAUGAGCCUUUCAUCUGGGGCUCCAAUCUUUGCUACUCCUUCGGCCGCUACUUCAGCCAAAGAGAGUUCGCAACAACCCUCCUCAAGUGGUAGUAACGCUCAGAGUGAAGCCGGUGGUAUAUCAAUACUACCGAAACUAUCAGAGACUGGGCCUUUUGCGACACAGUUCUCAAAUACUACCACUUUAGAUCAGCGCACUGCAGUUCAAGGCAGGGAAAUAGGGGCUGUUUCUGAGCAGCAUCGGCCAUCGCAGGAUUGGAGUGCUCAUAGCAGUAAUAUGAAUGCUUCGCAGACUACACAGCAGCGACGCGCAUCCGAAAAUCAUGGCGAAGACAAUGAAGAAGAGCUCGCGGAGGAUUUUAGCAAUGGCGAAGAGGGAGAGGGUGGACAGGGGAAGUCCGCGGGCGAUGCAGGAGAUAAUAGCAAAAAGACGAAACGAUUCCGCCUUACACAUAAUCAAACUCGAUUUCUUAUGAGUGAGUUCACUCGUCAGGCCCAUCCAGAUGCAGCGCAUCGUGAGAGACUGUCGCGAGAAAUUCCCGGCCUUAGUCCUCGUCAAGUGCAGGUCUGGUUUCAGAACAGACGAGCAAAGUUGAAACGCCUCACGAGCCAGGACAGAGACAGAGUGCUGAAAUCUCGAGCGCUCCCCGACCAUUUCGACAGGACGCAAAUGUUGCAGCAACCUUAUGGUCCCAGGCAAUCGGCUACUACAUCCCCGACUUCGCCUACUACAGCGAGAUCUUCGUUCGCAAGCACCGCCCCUAAACCAUUGGCUGUGAACAGCAUAAAGCGCAAUCCUGGUGACGAUUAUCCAGUGUCUCCUGCAAGCGCGGCAUCAGCAUACGGUAACUACGUGAAUUCACCUGGACUUUCCGAACCAUUUUCUCCAACGAACAACACUGGCCAUCCGGCAACUUUACCAAGAGUGCCUGGUGUGCAUCACGCACCACAUUCUCAUGAGUAUCAUCGAUCACAUAGCUUUUCUAGCUCGUAUGCGCCGGCCUGGCAACAAUAUCCACACAGACUUCAUAUGCCUCCAUCAGAGGCCGGUAUCAAAUCGGAACAGACCAUAAACCCCCUCCACCGUUCGACUGCUUCAUAUCCGGGUCUGGCUGGAACCAUUCCAGAGGCAACCUACGACCGACACGGGUCCCAAGCAAGUUCUGUAGAUCAUGGAUCUUCUACUCAAACAAAUAGUCCUCUCCCGCCGGCGAUGGCAUAUCAAGCAGGACAACCUUCACACGCAUCAAAUGAACAAUAUCCAUCAUCUACCCAAGUCGCUGAAUCUGCCUACAACACGCCGGUAGGUUAUCGUCAUGUCCUCUCGUUACAAACCGGCCAGCUCCCCCCGCCGCAAGAAUAUCAAGUCUCCCCAUUCACACCGUCAUAUAAUUUCGAUUCUUUUUACCAACCAUACACACACGAGAACUCUUCCACUGUCAGUUUGCCGGCCUCAUACAUGCGUUCGUCGCAGCAAGGUGCUUAUGAAUCGUCGAACGGGAAUUAUUCUUCGUACGAGAAUCAUGAUAUGACUCAUAGACUUUCAGCUUCGCAACCGGGAGGUACGAGGUGAUCGCCUUGUCAAAUAGUUGCGAGCUACAUUUGUUCCUCUCGAUUUAACUCAUCCAAACCGCAUAUACCGGUGGAUAUUAGGACCGAUAACAUCACUGAACAUUCUUCGUAUAUACGGUAUUCACUUGAUCGCAACAUAAUACACAUAUUUCACACCAAGCGCGGUAAACAUAUACAAGUAUUCUGGGAGUUGACGUGGGAGAGAAAAAGGGGCAGGCGCCGGAGUUAUUGGUUUGCUACUCGUUUCGCCCCGAGAUUCCAAGGCCAGAUGUUUCUGAAGAAUGGGGUAGGUAUCAUACAUAAAAGGGUACCCAGGUGAAAAUUCGAUGUUGUAUUAUUAUUUAUUGUAAAUAUUUAUUAACUUGGGUAUAUUGAUUUAGUAUGGCUGUCGGAUGGGCUGCAAUAAAUAUGAAGUUCAACGUACGAUCGAUCUGCUCCUUAUUCUGCCUACUAUAAAGACUUCCGGUUGUUGUGAUA